AUGACAACUAUAGCAGACGACAAGAUUGGGCCAAAGUGGUUUGUAGAAGGGUCGCACGGUCGCAAGGAUGAAUUCCGACUGCUUAGCAAGAUUGCUGAAGGGGGAUCAUCAGCUUGUGUCCUUGUUGAAGGAUGCGACGGAUCCGGGACAACAGAGUUUAUAAAUGCAGUGCAAUGGAAAGACAAAGAAUUGGUCUUUGUCGAUGGAAAAUUCGAAAGACAUCUCAGCUCAGAGCCUUACUCUGCGUUGACUAGAGUUACCGAUAAGCUCGUUGAAAUUUGGUGCAUAAACAAUGAAAAAUCACCGGAUGAUUCUAGGAUGGGCGAGCUCCUGGAUCUGUUAGACAAGGACAUGGACCUGUUGCAAAAUGUAAUACCAGGACUCUUCAGAGUCAUCGACAAGUUCACCCAGCGCCUGCAUCUUUCCGCAUCGCAAACUGAGCUUCAAGCUCAAUCUCAGAGUUACCUGUCAAGAUCUGAGAGAAGACCCUCAAACAUCGACGAGCUCUCAAGUUCACGUCGCCAACGCGGGCCACUUGGAGACGAAACAAUCGGAGGAGACCCAGCAGCCAUAGCUGCAUCAUUUCUCAGAUUGUUUGCUUCUUUGGGUUCCACCAAAGGUAUCGUCCUUGCCUUCGGUGACGUUCACUACGCAGACGCUGCGUCGAUGGAAAUUUUCAAACUGAUAGCACAUACGGCUUCCAACCAUCCUACUACGCAGAGCCACAUUCAAAUACUCUUGGUACUAACCUACUCAAAAUUGCUGCGACGAAACAAGUUUGCAUCCGAGACCAUCAAAACAAUUAAGACCCUCAAGUCGAAUAUUUACUCCCUGCAUCUGAAAGAUUGGGAUCUUGAUACUAUCAACGAACUCGUGACAUCAUUGGUUAAAGCUGAGCCUGAAGAAACGCGACCCCUGUCCAAGGUUAUUCAUAAGAAAACAGGCGGAAACCCAUUCGCAGUGUUCAAAUUCCUACGUUUUGGGCGCAAGAAUGGGCAUUUCAAGUUUUCCUCCAUGACAUACAAAUGGGAAUGGGGAGACGUCAAGCUACUGGAUCAGUAUGCUGCUGUAUCAGAUAAUGUUGCUGACAAAUUAACAGCAUCAAUGAACAAGCUGCCCUUCGCCACUAAACAUACGCUGAAGGUGGCAUCGUGCUUGGGAGAUACAAUUCCAAAGGAUGUCCUUGUGUCAUACUUUUCCCAGGGAUAUAGGGGUGAAUCUCUAAAGUCGAGACAAGAGAGUUUGGACGAACAUUUCGAUGAAGCUGUAAAGGUUGGCAUUCUCGUCAAAUCGACAACCGAAGGCGCCUAUAUGUGGUCCAACGAUCUGCUGCAACAAGCCGCGUAUGACUCAAUGCCAACAACUAUGCGGAACGAUCUGCACAGGAAACUUGGCAGGAUCAUAUGGAAAUUGGGUCGGAGUCGCGACGAAGAAUGGAUGAUAUUCAUGGCGGCAGAUCAAAUGAACAAGCUUGAGUGUGACUCAUGUUUAGGCAAUGAAAUAGCCGAGCUGAACUUGCGAGCAGCAACUUUGUCGUUGAAUAAGGGCGCAAUAUAUCCAGCCUUGGAACUCCUAGUGAAUGCACAGAAACACAUGGAACCACCAGCGAAUCGAUGGCAAGUUUCUUAUGAAUUGACUCUCGAUAUUAUGACAACAUUGGCUAACACCAAACUCCGUGUUGGUGAGACUCAAACUGCCAUGGAAAUCGCCCUCGAAAUCGUUCAGCAUGGGAAGACGCACGAUGACACAUUUCCAGCCCAUAUCGUCAUGUUACAAUGUGUCGUGUCUGGAGUCGAUCGGAACUACGAUAAGGGUGUGGAGAAAACUUUGUUCCUACUGAACUAUUAUGGCGAGAAGCAUACCUGGAAGUUUUAUCCGGGUCAGGAGACUGUGGAGAAGGCAAAGCUGCAGAAGAAACUGAAGAGGCUGCUCCCGAAUGGGCAUGUGGAUGGGCUUUUGGACUUAUCAAAUAUGGAAAACAAGGCAGCGUUGAGAAUACAAACGUUGCUUGUGAACCAUUUAGCCGUGUAUGCCUCCCACAGCCCGACGUACAACUCGCUAAGCUGGUUGGCGAGUGCCCGUGCGCUGAAGAGUGCUUGCAAGCAAGGCAUUAGCCCAGUCACAAAUCUUGCGGUCAUCCAGAUGGCGACCCAUUUGAGAGUUGAAGGGCAUUAUAAGGAAGCAUCAAAGUAUGCGGAGGUAGCUCUGACGCUAACUGAAAGCCUGCCUCGGAAGCUUGGAUCAGAUCACGGUCAAGUGAGAAUGAUAGCAUGUGGGAGCGUCUUCAGUGCUGUGAAAUCGUUCAACUAUUGCCUAAACGAGUUAUUGGAGUGCCGGUCAGAUUUUCUGAGAGCUGGGUUUGCGAAAGAAUCGAUCGGGGUGGCAAUCGGCUAUGCAAUCACUUAUCUAUGUGUCGGCCUUUCUCUUGAAGCAGUGAAGUCCGACUUGUUAGCGCACACUGCGGACGCAAUUCACUAUGGUUGUCAAUACUCUGUAGAGCAAAAGCUGAUGGUUCUUCACCAAGCGAUUCUUAAUCUUACGGAAGAAGUCGAAACCCCAACUAUUCUACACGGUGAGGUUAUGGAUCAAGACGACGAGCUAGAAAAGGUCGCAGGACUAGGUGCUUUGAGCAUCCGAAUAAGUAUGGACGCGUGUCGUUUGAUGCUCUGUUGUAUCUUUUGUGAUUGGAAUUCCGCCGGGGCUUUGAUUGACGACUUGGAAGAACACAUGGAUAAAAAAGGCGGAUUUCUGAUAAGGGAUCAUUUCCGUCGGUGCUAUUUGGGUUUGGCUGCUUUUGCCUUGAGUAGAAACGCAAAAGAUCCCAAGCUUCGAAAGAAAUACCUGGCAGAAGGAAAGAAAGUGCUCAAAUCCUUCACAAAAGAUAUGAAGCAUGGAUCCGUGAAUGCGUUUCCUAUCGUAGCAAUGUUGGAAGCGGAGCAACAACCUUCCAAGGAGAGCUAUGACAAGUCAAUCAAAGCGUGUGCGCGGCUUGGGUUGGUUCACCACGAGGCGUACAUGUGCGAACGAGCAGCCGAAAUGUUUCUAUCACAGGACGACAGUGACUGGUGCAAGUAUUACAUUACGCAAGCGAUCCUUUUGUAUGGGGAAUGGGGUGCAAGGGGCAAGGUCGCACGUUUAGCUAACGAUUACGCGGAAGUCGUGGAGGGGUCCUCGCCACUCGAGUCGGCAAAUGCAUCACUGAGCAGUCGCUCACGAUAUUCACCGAAAGACCUUGAGACGCUUCGAACGAUUGAUUGGAGAAGUUUCAGCAAAGAAUCGGAACAAGCACAAAGAGACUUCAGCUUUAAGACCGCCAGGUCAAGGGGAAGAAGUUCCGGAAGCUUUAGUUUCAAUUCAGCGGAGUUCAGAUCAGUCAAUUCAUCGGAGUUUCGUGAACAAUAG